AUGGCGACGGUAGUGGUCCAGCAGCAGACGCUGCGCCAUUCCACCCCUCCUCCAUCUCCGAUUCCUCCCGCUCUGACCGUGAACCGACGACCGAGCCCCUCGCGACCGGCGUCUCCAGUCCUCACCAGCGACCAGCCCUCAUCACUCCUGUAUCCUCCCGAUAAUUUCAUGCGCAUCUCCCAAGCGCCCUCUCCCCCGAUAUAUGCCAUCGAUGCAACGACUCUGGCUGAGGCCAUGGACCAUAUGGCAUCACAGCCCUUGCCAGACCCGGCCCUGAUGUUUCCAUGGUUGCAUGGAUUGCAUCCGGAAAACCAAUUACAAUUGGGGUUUUUCUCCUGUCGCAAAAGGGCCCUUCGCCGAACCCCGAAAUGCUGGCGCAGUAUCACCGUGGUGAAGCUGGGCGGUGAUCUGGGCAAGGCGCGCCUGAAAGGCGCUGUCAGCGCGAGCGAGGUAAUCACGCCGGCCUCGCGUUUCUUCCUCGCAGACCCUCCGGAAGGGUUCUCUGUGCGCAAUUUUCAGAUUCAGACUGCUAAAGUGGCACCCGUCUCCGAUAUCGUGAUUUAUGGAGAAGAUGGCGCAAACAAGGCCGACCUUCUUGACUUGGCGGAGCAGUUUGCGAUGGCCCAGCAUGCGUGGAGAUUGAAGAUCGAUCCCACUCAGGAACGCCCAGCUUAUCAUACUUUUGUCGUCACGAGUCCCUUUUCUGAAAUCGAGAAAGAACACCCAGAGUUGGUGGCUGUGGACUCGGGUGGCCAGAUCACCGGGCGAGUCAUGGACUUCUGUCAAUGGGAGCGACUGGAGAUGUGUAGCAUGUCCAAGGCCUCGGAGAUUUCGGGCAAUGUAUGGUUGGGACCCACGCCCGAUUACAUGUUGCGACCAGGGUUGCCUGAGCCACCACAAACCACCUAUGAUCUGCUGAUUGAAGCUAGCGAUCUGGCAAGCAUCCCUGGUCCCCGUUUGUUGGCCAUGAUAGACAAAGAUCUGGAUCAUGGUCCCCAACGUAUGGAUUUCCCAUCAUCUGGAUCGAUCGUGCUUCCGUCGGGCAACACCCGUGAGGUGGAAGACUUCGUGAACACCGUUCGAUGGAUCUAUUAUCUUGCGCAUCCAGACGGGCCAGCCGAUGAUGCAGACCAUGAAGGCGAUGCCGCUAUGGCCAGCCCAUGCCGGAAGCCUCGCAGGGUCUUUAUCCACUGUGCUGAUGGAUACACGGAGAGCUCGCUGUUGGCGAUAGCAUAUUUCAUGUUUGCCGAGGGCGUGCCUGCGCACGAGGCGUGGCUCAAGCUGCACUGCGACAAGCAGCGGAACUUCUUCGCAUACCCGACUGAUGUUGCCUUCUUGAUGCAUAUCCAAGGUCGUCUUCUGCAAGAGAGCCCUGCGGCCCAAUCUCUUGACCUGACCGACAUGUGGGACCCGAAUUGGUUCUUGAGAAUGGACGGUUCCUUUCCCAGUCGCAUUCUGCCAUAUUUGUACCUCGGAAACCUCGCGCACGCGAAUAACCCGGAUUUGUUGUGGGAACUUGGAAUCCGACGCGUACUCAGCAUUGGCGAGCCCGUCAACUGGAGUCACACAGACCGCGUGAAAUUUGGACAACAGAACCUGAUGUAUAUUGACAAUGUCCAAGACAAUGGCAUCGACCCGUUGUGCCGAGAGUUCAACCGGUGCCUUGAAUUUACAGGACGAGGCAAGAACGACGGGAUGGCCACGCUGGUACACUGUCGAGUUGGCGUUUCGCGGUCUGCAAGUAUCUGCAUUGCCGAGGCCAUGGCAUCCAAGGGUCUCUCUUUCCCGCGCGCAUAUUCCUUUGUUCGAGCAAGACGCCUGAAUGUCAUUAUCCAGCCUCAUCUGCGCUUUGUCUACGAGCUUUUGCAAUUGGAAGAGUUCCAGUUGCAGCAGCGCAAUAAACCCAUGAAGAAAGAGCUCGAGUGGUCAACCGUCGCCCGGGAGAUCGCCUUGCUCAACAAGCCGUACACACGAGGCUAA